AUGGAAGCUUCAGAUGGGCAAGGGGGUGAAGGGCACGAGCCACAAGAGAAGGUGAUUGAUGUGCCCUGCAUAGAGAAGAGUUCCAGAACCAUCCCUGCUGGAGACUCACUUGUGUGCCAUGCCGAGGGCCUGAGUCAGGACACCUUCAAAAUUUGUAAAGAAUACCUAAGGCCUCUGAAGAAGUUCCUGAGAAAGCUACACCUGCCAAAGGACCUUCCCCAGAAAACGAAGCUGAAGAACAUGAAGCGGAGCCUGGUGGUCCUCGGGGACCACAUCAAUACCUUUCUGCAGCACUACUGCCGAGCCUGGGAAAUCAAGCACUGGAGGAAGAUGCUCUGGCAAUUUGUCUCUCUCUUCUCUGAACUGGAGGCGAAGCAGCUUCGUAGGCUCUACAAGUACACUAAGAACAACCAGACAGCCAAGUUCCUGGUGACAUUCUGCCCCUUGGACCCUCCGGAGGACUCCUUGCAGACAGACCAGGAAGACAGUCUGCCCAAACUCUGCAAUGCCUGGGGGCUGCAGAGCAACAUCAGUGGCAUGAAGGAGAGGCUGUCCAAGAUGCAGACACCAAGCAGUACGGUGUCCCUGCUGGACGAGUCCAGGUCCCAGGUCUAUGACAGGAGAGGUCCUUUAAGGCAAUUGACUCAAAAACCCAAACUGAAGAGACUGAGAAUUAAAAAAGCCUGA